UUCCCUCGGCGGACUUCCCUCUUCUUGACCCGGUUGGACUGCUUCCUCCCGAGAAGAUGAAAGAAAUUAUCAUGAAUCAAGAGAAAUUAGCCAAGCUGCAAGCACAAGUGCGCAUUGGAGGCAAGGGUACUGCCCGCAGAAAGAAGAAGGUGGUUCACAGAACAGCUACAGCAGAUGACAAAAAACUUCAGUUUUCCUUAAAGAAGCUGGGAGUAAAUAAUAUCUCUGGCAUUGAGGAGGUAAACAUGUUUACCACCCAAGGCACUGUCAUCCACUUCAACAACCCUAAGGUCCAGGCUUCUCUAGCUGCUAAUACUUUCACAAUCACAGGCCAUGCUGAAACAAAGCAACUGACUGAAAUGCUUCCUAGCAUCUUAAACCAACUUGGUGCUGAUAGUCUGACAAGCUUGAGAAGACUAGCAGAAGCUCUACCCAAACAACCUGUUGAUGGCAAAGCAUCACUUGCUACUGGAGAAGAAGACGAUGAUGAAGUUCCAGAUCUUGUGGAAAAUUUUGAUGAAGCUUCAAAGAAUGAAGCAAACUGAACUGCCACUUUAAGUUAAACUUGAAAAUUAUAUAGAGCUGCUAUUUUAUAUUGUAACUUUUAUUUGUAACAUUUUUGUACUGAUCUUAAAUCAAAGAUCUGUAAUAUUUGGAAACUCUUAAAAA